GUUGUACCACGCCGUAUAGCUGAACAAACCCACACCGCCAUGGAAAUUUCUCAUUCUCCCCUCUCUCUCUAGAAAAAGAGAUGCAAUCGGAGGAGCAUUCUUCUUCUUCUUCUGCUGCUGCUGCGGACGCGCUUUGACCAAUGGGCUGCAGCGCGUCGAAGGAGGACGAUUUACCGCUCGUAAUCCGCUGCCGCGAGCGGCGCGAGCUCGUGCGCGCCGCCGCCAACCACCGCUACGCCCUCGCCGCCGCCCACGUCUCCUACUUCCGCUCGCUCAAGGAGGUCGGCGACGCGCUCCGGAAGUUCGUAGACGAGGAGCUCAUCACCGCGCCGUCGUCGUCGUCGUCCUUCUCCUCGCCGUCGAUCACCCUGUCCCCGAGCUCGAAGAAGAACCGUGGCAAUGGCGCCGAAUCUCCCCUGCAUUUGCACAGCGGCGACGAAUCCGAGUCGCAUUUGAAUCUAUCGGAUUCCUCCGAUGAGGAAGAUGACAGUUCCGAAGAUCACAAUCACAAUCAACACCAUCACUACGGCGGAUUCGAUGGCAACGAAGCGCGGCAGCAUAAUCAACACGGCAAUCACGCGGAAGAGAGAGCUAGGAAUUUGAAUAACGAGGAUGGAUUUUAUCCCUCUCGUUUCCCACACGAUACUUACACUGGAUAUAGUAACGGUUUUUUAAGUGACCCGUUCGCCAAUCCGAAUCCGAAUCCGUAUCCGUAUCAGUACCCGAUUCCACCGCGCGAGCCCUAUCCGGAUCCGUGGAAUCAGCAAGGGGCCGCGGCGGCGCAAUCCUGGUUUUUCUCAGGUAACCCUAACGUGUACUACAUGAAGAAAUCAGCUCCGGCGGCUAAAACGGUGGUUCAGGAUCCGCCGAGUUACGGAUACUCCGAUUCGUACUGGAAUUCUCCGGCGGGGUAUGGUGGUAAUUACGGCUAUAAUCCGGCGGGUUCGCCUCUGAGGAUGGAUGAUAGGGAAAUUGGGAGAGGGAAACCGGAGAAGGAGCCGCCGCCUCCGCCUUCGCCGAAGGUUUCGGCGUGGGAUUUCUUUGAUCCGUUCAGUGCGGCUGAAAUCGGGUACGGUAGCUAUUACUCAGGAGGCGGGUAUGGUUACGGGUCGAAUUACAGCAGUCCGGAUUCGACGGAGGUGAGGGAGAGAGAGGGGAUACCUGAAUUGGAGGAGGAAACUGAGAGUGAAGUGUAUAAGGAGGCUAUUAAUGGGGGCAAAGUGAGUUCUGCUGGGAGCAGUCCUCAUUCUAGGCCAGCGCGGAGAGAUAAGGAGACGAGUUCAAGAUCAGUGCCGAUGCAUAGGAGUGAGAAUGGUAAUUUGAGAUCAAAGCCGCCGCAGAGAAGUGAGUUCAGCUCAAGGUUGCAUAGAGGUGAGGAUAGUUCAAGAUCAGUGCCAUCUACCAAAAGCAAGGGCAGUUCUAGAUCAGCUUCACUGCACAAGAUUGAUAGUAGUUCGACGUCUUUUCCUUCUUGGAGUAGUGAGGAGAGUGAGAAACCAUCCAUGCCACCGUAUAACGAUGGGAACCAUCCCAAGCCAUCAGUGGCUUCACAUUAUGGAGAAGAGAGUGUGAAGCCAUCAAUAUCAACAACCCCACAUGGUGAGGGGGCAUCGUGGGUAGAUGGGGAAACCGCUUCGAUUAGUUUAACGGAUGAGAAAAGCAGCUCGGAUCAUAUAGUGGUGAAGAGUGUGGAUGAGGGUGCUGGCAAGAAGAAAGGAGUGACAUUUGAUGUGGAGGAGACGUCAAAGCAGGAUGGCGAUUCUUCAAAGUUCAGUAGUGUUACUCUGUCGUCGCCUCGUGGCACAAGGGAUCUGAGGGAAGUUGUUGCUGAGAUUAGAGAUGAUUUUGAGACUGCUUCUAGCUAUGGGAAAGAGGUGGCCAUGAUGCUUGAAGUUGGGAAGCUGCCUUAUCAGCCUAGCUUUCUAAAAGUAAUGAUGUCCCGGAUAUUGUAUCUCAUACACCCGUCGACGACAUUGUGGGAUUCCCCCUCAAAGGAAUCUGCAAAGUUAGCUUCCAGCACUAUGAAGAUGGCAAAAUCUUACUUUGAAGAUGUUGGGAAUGAUGUAAACUCAAUGGCUUGUAACCUCUCGUCUACUAUGGAUAAGCUAUAUGCUUGGGAGAAGAAGUUAUGCAAGGAAGUGAAGGAUGAAGAAAGAAUCCGGACCAUGUAUGAGAAGCAGCACAGGAGGUUAAAAACCUUAGAUGAGGAAGGAGCCGAAGCUCGAAAGAUGGAUGCUGCUCGGGCUUCUAUCAGAAGAUUACUUACAAAGCUUGAUGUUAGCGUCAAAGCGAUUGAUUCCAUUUCAAGCAGAAUACACAAGCUUAGAGAUGAAGAAUUGCAGCCCCAGCUUGCUGAAUUAGUUCAUGGGCUUACCAGAAUGUGGAAGGCAAUGCUUAAGUGCCAUCAAAAGCAGUUCCAAGCUGUUAUGGAGAGUAGAAUGCGGAGGCUUAAAUUAAAUAUUGAUCAGCAGGCAGAUUCAAGUUCGCGGGCUGCUACUGAGCUUGAAAGGGAGCUUCGUGUAUGGUGUGGACGUUUUAAUGAUUGGAUUCGCUUUCAAAGGUCUUAUGUUGAGUCCUUGAACGAGUGGCUUAUUCGCUGUCUUCAGUACGAACCAGAAGAGACCCCAGAUGGACCCAUUCCCUAUUCCCCAGGAAGGCUUGGAGCUCCUCCCAUCUUCGUAAUUUGCAACGAUUGGCACCAGGCAAUGGAAGCCAUCUCUGAGUCGAGGGUGGCAAGUGCCAUGAAUACUUUUGCGUCAAGCUUACACCAGCUAUGGGAAAAACAAGAUGACGAGGGGCGUCAAAGGCUGAAAGCAGAGUAUCUUUCAAAGGAUUACGAGAAACACCUCAGAGCAAAUCGUAUGGAGAGGGGGAAAAUAGAUCGAGAUCAAGAUGCAAUAUCAGUGAUCCCAUCGGAUAAUAAUAGUGGGGUGUCGGCUCUGGAUGACCUGAAGGUGGACUUGGAUUCCAUGAAACACAAAUUGACCGAAGAGAGGCUGAAGCACAAGGAUGCUAUGAAAUUGGUGCAUGACGCAGCUGCUGGGAGUUUAAAGGGCGGUCUAGUCCCGAUUUUCAAGGCCUUGGAGAUCUUCACCUCAGAAGCUGUCAAAGCUCACGAACACGUCAGAGUGAAGCAACCUGGGAAGGCCUCUUGACGAGGCGCUCCACGCCUAUAGCCAGUUGGUGUUCCUGUUCAAGCCAGUCGGUGAAGGAAACAUGUAAAUUGUUCAGUUGUUGCAGAAGCAGAUGAGAUGGAAGAAUUUUGUAGCCAAAUUUGUUUUAGGCAACUAGUUUUAGUCGGGGGCGUGCCAGCUGGAGACGGUCCUCUCUCAGCUCGUGCUGGUAAAGAUCGAUAUGGGAGAAUUCGUGACUGUUCGUGGAGGCCUGCAGAUCAGUAUCAGUUGCGGUAACGCCCUUUUUAUAGCCAAGGAGUAUAGUUUUUCCUUAGUUUUGUACAGAGAUUUCAUUUAUUUAUUGAUUUGCUGGGUUCGUUCUUUAAA